UUUAGUGCCAAUUUGGUUCAAGGUUAUAGUUAAUACAGUGUCUACGGAAAGUAAAGUAUUGGAUGUAUUUUAUUCAAAUUUGGAUAUACCAGCAACUUGAUAUCCAGUCAAGCCGAGUCAAAUAAAUUGAAUUUGGAAUCCUUUACAAUUUUAUCCUCUUGUCGUGAAGAAGCCGGAAUGACCUUUAAUCAAUUCAAAGAACAAAUAAUGAACAAGGAUAAGGACGCCCAGUGUGUACUAAAAUGCGCGUAUGUAAAAUCAGGAGCCCUAGAUAAAGAUGGAAACGUAGACGUUGACGUAUUAUGGACAGCCCUGGAAAAGCAUGGACUAGAUAAUCCAGAGGUCAAAAACACGUUUACAGAAUGUAUGAAAUCAGCUGGAAAAAUCUUAACUUGCGAUGAUGUAGCUACGCAUGCUAAUUGUUUUAGUAGUAUAUUUAAGAUUUAAAUAUUUGUAUAAAUCACUUGAG